AUGGCGCCCACAACGAUCAUCUGUAUCGGCAUGGCCGGGUCCGGCAAGUCCACGUUCAUGCAGAGACUCAACUCGCAUCUCCACGCCAAAAAAACCCCGCCAUACGCCAUAAAUCUUGACCCUGCCGUUUUGAAAGUGCCUUUCGGCGCCAACAUUGAUAUCCGGGAUUCGGUGAAGUACAAGAAGGUUAUGGAGAAGUACAACUUGGGGCCGAACGGAGCCAUUGUCACGUCCUUGAAUCUUUUCUCCACCAAGAUCGACCAGGUGAUCGGGCUCGUGGAGAAGAAGUCCGACCAGUACAAAAACGUCAUCAUCGACACGCCCGGGCAAAUCGAGUGUUUUGUGUGGUCGGCCUCGGGCGCCAUCAUCACGGAGGCGUUCGCGUCCACUUUCCCCACGGUGAUAGCGUAUAUUGUGGACACGCCGCGGACGGCGUCGCCCACCACCUUCAUUUCCAACAUGUUGUACGCGUGCUCGAUCUUGUAUAAGACCAAGUUGCCCAUGAUCAUUGUGUUCAACAAGACGGACGUCCAGAAGGCCGAUUUUGCCAAGGAGUGGAUGCAGGACUUCGAGCUGUUCCAGAUGGCCUUGGCCAAGGACCAGGACUUGAACGGCGAGGACGGCACGUCUUCAGGGUACAUGAGCAGCUUGGUCAAUUCCAUGUCUCUUAUGCUCGAGGAGUUCUAUUCGCAGCUCGACGUGGUGGGCUGCAGCGCAUACACUGGCGAAGGAUUUGACGACUUCAUGGAUGCCGUGGACAAGAAGGUGGACGAGUACGACGAGUUCUACUUGGCCGAGCGCGAGCGGAUCCUUAAGCAGAAGGAGGACGACGAGAAGAAGCGCAAGGCGUCGUCGCUCAACAAGUUGAUGAAGGACUUGGACAUCAAGGACCAGAACGCCGAGGAUUCCGCGGUGCUUUCCGACUACGAGGAGGCAGACGACGACACCAACGGCGAGGUCGAGCGUGACGACGACGAGGACGUGCAGAGGGAGUACACGUUUCCGGAGGACCGCAACAGCGAGCUCGGCAGCACGGAUGCAGACCUACAGGCGCGGUACCAGGCGGCGUUCGAGGCGUCUGCCAAAACCGCGUCUUCCAAGACGGCCGAGUCCAUUGCACAGUAUAUUAAGCAGUAG